AUGCACGGCGGGCAGCAGCACCGCCCACACGGACGUGUGGGAGAAGGGGUGGCGGCGUUGGAGAGGCUGGGGCGGCUGGGGGUGCACCAAUCCUCCCUCUCCCCUCGCAUUGCGGCGCUCCUUCGCGUAGACGAGGAGGACAGGGGACAAGUCGGCCAGCAGCAGCAGCAGCCACCGCAGCAGAUGGAGGACCCCGGCGGCGACGAAGAGCGCCUCUACGAUACCUACUUCCAAGUGGUGGAGGAGGGCAAGCAGGACGAAGACGGCGGCGGCGGCAGCAGCAGCAGCAGCAUGAUGAGGGGGUUGCAGGGGGUGCCCCUCCUCAACUGGGGCUGGUGGCGCAAGCGCCGCUUCCUCUCCGUCGAGGACGAGGAGCGCGUGGCCCGCUGCGCCGCACAGCGGGAGCGCAAGAGCGUGACGUGGGUGGAAACCUACUUCCACGAGUUCGCCCUCGCCGCCCACCACGUCAAGCGAGCGGCCCUCGUCUUGCACCGCCGCCUCGGCUGUGCCACCACCCUUCAGCAGCAGCCGCAGCCGCCAUCCACAAGCAACCAAGGGCACCAGCCGCCACCGCCACCGCUGCGGCAGGAGGGCUGCAGCCGCGCCCUGCUUCUGCCGCACCUCCGCUGGCUCAGGCCCUGCGAUCCCGAGUGGGUGGAUCAGCUGUGGAUCGAGGUCCGGCGAUCUCCGCUGGUGGGGAGCAGCAUGCUAGUGACCUAUCUGGAGAAGGCCCUGGGCGACCUGCUAUGCUGGAAGACGGAGGGGCGGCAACGGGUGCCGUGCCGCAUCAACGACCUCCUCGGGGAGCCCGCGCUCCAAGACCUCUUGGGUCCCGAUGCCGUGUUCGUGGUGCGGUGUCUGGUGGGUCCGCCCAAUGGCCUCAACAUCCGGAACCUCCUGUGGCACGGAUUCCUCGACAACGAACAGCUCCACCCGGCCCUCCUGGCCCAGCUGAUGGCGUUCAGCGCCUGGGGGGAAGCACUCGACGGCGGACAGGAGCCUCUCGAAGCAGUCGCGCCUGCGGACACUAUGGCUGCUCCCUCCAGCAGCGAGAGCACGCGCAGGGCCAGGCACGUGAAAAGCAGGGGCGGCAAGGGCGGCACCGGCAGUCAUCUACGCCGGUUGGAGGCCAUGGACCGGCGCUUUGCUUCCGAUUUCGGCGGGAGCCACUUCGUGUUGCCCCAGAGGGUUGCCCCCUGGGUCGAGGCGCUGCAGGUCUGGAUGGGCAUCGAACUAGCAGCAGCAGCAGCAGCAGCAGCACGAGACGAGCCUGUGGGCCUUACCCGUGAGAGGGACCGAGAGGAGUACCGCUGUCUCUUGGUGAUGCUUCCGCAAUUGGAGCACAGCCUGCGUCGGGUGUUUGUCGCUGUCAACGAGUUCGCCGAGGAGCGGCUGCUCACAGCAGAGGCGGCUGUGUACUACACAACGCUCGACAUCAUGACUGCCCAGAGGCACGACCCCGAGGCCUACGCCGAAGGCGAGAACUACGUCACGGGCGACGCCCACGGUCCUCUCAAUCGGCUGCCGCUUGAGUUGGGGCAGCCCAUGAUGCACCUCCUGCGUGAUCUUAAUGACUGGUUUGCUGGCCCUCGCCUGCGCAUUAAGGACCUGAUCAUGGUGGCCGCCAUUGCCCUGUGCGCACGCUACGACCCGUGUCCCGCCAUGCAAGGCACCUCCGCCCUUCUCGAGCGCCGGUGGUUGGCUGGUGGUGUGGGGUGCGGUCCCUUUGUGAGCCGAUGCGUCGAGUACGUGGAGGCCUAUCGCCCCUACUACCAUCCGGUUUCCAUUUUGCAGCGGCGCAUUUCUGGCUGCCUCGAGGCGUGGGGCCGCCAUCACCGCCUCAGCAUCGCCGACAGCGGCGAACUGGGCGGCCCUGCCUCCCCGGAUGCCCCGUGCGACGUCGAGGCCGACGAGUCUGCUCUCCGCUCGCUGAUCUCUGCCGUUUCUACCCACCUGGAAACCCUCUACGGCCACCCGCCUCUCUUCAUCUCGCCCGACGCGGACCAAGCCCCCCGCCAGCUGCUGCCCGAUGAUCCUCACUUUGGCGCCUUCGGCCUGACCAAAAGGGUGUUCUGCAGCAGACACGAAGAAAGCGUCACGGCGCUCCUCACGGACGUCGUGGGUCUUGUUCGGGAGAUCCUGGCUGAGGUGAGCGUGCGGUACGAGGCGUUGGGGAAGCUCGUGGCGGAGCGUAGGGCCUACCACCACCAGCGGCGCAUCUUUACCAAGCUGCGGGCGUCGCUUCCCUAUUUUGGCCUCCUGGCGCAGCUGGUCAUGCUCCUGGUUGAGGAGACCGCCCGCCGGCAGGAUCGUCUCGAGCAGGCGGCGGCGGCGGCCACGCACGAUUGCCCUGCUGCGGCGGCUGCUGCUGCCGACGCCGCUGCCACUCCUCGGUUGGAGCGCGGGCCUCCACUGCCCGACCAAUCAGAAGACCAGACGACGCAGGAAGAUGAUGCCUUCCGGCUGCAGGCGCAGCGGAAGGAGAGGGCUCGACGAGAGAAGGAAGCCACCGAGCACAGUCCCACCUUCACCUUGGCCCGCGCGGUGCAGGACCUCCUGGGCCGACAGCUCGGCUGCGUGCGGGAGAACGAAUGGGACAAGGCUCGCGAAAUUUUGGGCUGUUGGCUGGGCGAAGAGGAGCGCACCUACCGCCUCCUGUCCAAGCGGGAACGGUUCAAGUUUUGGGCCGCCCUCCCUGCUCACCUCCCCUUCCCUGUCCCCGCCUGCGGUGCCACCGCCGCACCCACCGCUGAUGCCCCCACCCCCAGACGAGAGGAGCCACAAAAUUAA